AUGAAGCCUGCUAUUCCCAGGCCACCUCCCUCCACCACGACCUUCAUCCUCCUCCCUAUGGCCCUGCUAGCUUUUCUUUACUUCUUCCUCUUCCCCUUAGCGAAAGAGUUGAAGCUCCAGUCCCUCCAGACCACCUGUCGCCGAUCUACCUUCGCCAACCUCACCGAAUUACCAAUUGCCCCGAAGCCGGACUUCCGGCUUUUCAUGGGAAUUCUCACCCACCCCGACCACUACGAGCGCCGCCACCUCCUCCGUCUCGUCUACUCCCUCCAGCCCAACCUCACCACGGCCCACGUCGACAUCCGCUUCGUCUUCUGCAACCUCACCAAAGAGGACCAGCGAGUCCUCGUCGCCCUCGAGAUCAUGCGCUACGACGACAUCCUCAUCCUCAACUGCACCGAGAACAUGGACAACGGCAAGACCUACGCCUACUUCUCUACCCUCCCAAAAUUGUUCAACACCACUGGCGACGCCGACCGCCCGCCUUACGACUAUGUGAUGAAGGCGGACGACGACAUCUACUUCAGGCUCGGUAGAUUGGCCCAAUCGCUGAAGAAGAUGCCGAGACACGAUUUAUACUACGGGUGCGCCGUGCCCUGCGACCGUGUGAACCCUUACAGGCAUUACAUGUCGGGUAUGGGGUAUGUGCUGUCCUGGGACUUGGUGCAAUGGAUCUCCACUUCCGAGAUAUCCAGGAACCACACGGUUGGGCCGGAGGACUUCACCACAUGGACGUGGCUCCGGGAUGGAAACCGGGCGAAAGACAAGUUUGACACAAAGCCGGCCAUGUACAACUACCCGAGCGGGGAUCCGUGCGCCCACGACCUCGUUCCGGACACCAUUGCGGUGCACCAGCUCAAGAACAACUUGAAGUGGGCGAGGACGUUGAAGUACUUCAAAGUUACUGAUGGCUUGAAGCCUUCUAAGCUCUAUCAUAUCUCUUGA